GCGACCCGAUCCCUCCGCGAACCCUGACGGAGGCAGGCACCAUGGCCCUGUGUUACAGCGCCGCCUGGGAUGCCCGUGUGGUCACCAGCGCUUGGUGGGUCUCCCACAACCAGGUUUCUAAAACUGCACCUACAGGAGAAUACCUCACUACUGGAAGCUUCAUGAUCCGAGGGAAGAAGAAUUUUCUUCCGCCUUCGUACCUGAUGAUGGGCUUUAGCUUCUUGUUUAAGGUGGAUGAAAGCUGUGUUUGGAGACACCGAGAAGAAAGGAAGAUCAAAGUACAGGAUGAGGAUCUGGAAACGGUUUCCAGCAGUGCCAGUGAGCUGGUGUCCGAAGAAGUGGAGCUGUUAGAAGGAGGAGAGAGCAGCAACGACGAGGAAAAAACAGAGUGUCAGGAAGCACCAGAGGAUGUGGAAGCCUUGUCUGAGAGUAAUCGCGACGAGGGCGAUGCUGAGCUUGACCAAGGGAGAGUAAACACACCUCCUGCGCCAGAGGGUGACUCCGAAGAGGACGAUGGAGAAUCUGAGGAUGAAGUGGAACAGUCAAAGAGCGAAGUGAAGGAGGAAGAGGUCAGUUACCCCGAUACAACAAUCGACCUGUCGCAUCUUCAGUCUCAAAGAUCCCUGCAGAAAACCGUCCCCAAAGAGGAAGAACCCAACUUGAGUGACAGCAAGUCCCAGGGGCGGAGGCACCUGUCUGCCAAGGAGAGGAGGUGAGUGAAGAAAAAGAAUGAGCAAAACGACUCUGAGGACUUGGAGCCACCUGAAGAGAAGCAGAAAGAGGCGGAAACACAGCCUCCCCCUGCUCCCAACACCAAUAAGGGUGUGCAGGCCCCUCAGCCCAUCAAGCGGGGCCAGAAGAGUAAAAUGAAGAAGAUGAAGGAGAAGUACAAGGACCAGGACGAGGAGGACCGGGAGCUCAUCAUGAAGCUGCUGGGGUCUGCAGGGUCGAACAAGGAGGAGAAAGGGAGAAAAGGGAAGAAGGGGAAGACGAAAGAAGAGCCAGCGAAGAAGCAACAGCAGAAACCCAAGGCCGUGCGUCGUGGUGCUGGAGGGGGCAAGGAGACGCUCCCAGCGGGAGUCCUGCUGCACGAGUCGCAGGAGCCAGCCCUGGAGGAGCAGCAGGAGGAGAAGGAGGAGCAAGACCAGGAUCAGCCGGGACUUGAGGAAGGCGAGGCGUUGCUGGACUCCCUGACGGGGUAUAAAGUCAAGCUCACUCCAGGCACCCAAAAGAAGGGAAAAGCUGCGAAGAUUGCCUUGCAUAAUUUUAUGCAAUCCAAAGAGGCUAGUGCGAGAGAAAAAGACCUGUUCCGCAGCGUAAAGGAUACCGAUUUAUCAAGAAAUAUUCCUGGAAAAGUGAAAGUCUCCGCGCCUCAUCUGCUGAGCAGGAAGAAGAAGUGA